AUGUUACAUAAAUAUUUGUCAGCCGAUCAAGCUGAAUUCGAAAAAGCCGAAAAAUUAGUUUUACAAUGUGCCGAGUUUCAUCGAAAUUUACGGCAAUCUCAUUUGUAUACUACACAAGUCACACCGAAAUCACCAUCGAAUGCAGCAUUCUCUAGAAAACAAGAGCAACAUUACCAAGAACAGAUGCCGUUAUCAUCAUUAAAUAGGUUUUUAAAAACAUGUCGUGUAGAAAAACCGAUGGCAUCAACAGCAGCAGCCACAAUUAAAGAUGAUAUUUCCAUAAAACAGCAAAUUUCCUUUUACAUGGCAAAUGUUAAGGAUGUACCACAUUUUGCAGCAUUUUGGAGAAAGUACGGAAUACACCUACCUGAUUUAGUUUCAGUUUUAAAAUAUCACUUAUGUAUGCAAUACAGUUCUGUUCCUUGUAAAUCAUCAUUUUCUGCGUCUGGUUAUAUGCGGCGGACUCGCCCACCUGGUGGUGGUGCCGUCCCUCUCGCAUUUCCUUGGGUGGGCUAUUUAGGACGUCAUAGCAGCUAA